AAUGUGCAUACCUUACACACCUUUCCCAUACAAUUUAUAGAUCAAAAAUUUACAUAUUCAUACAUAUUCAUUAUUGUCCUUUCUACUGAUUGGUACAAACUUGCUCAUUCCAUAUGUAAAUUACUGUGCAGGCUCAGUUGUCCUCUUCCAUUGUUCUCUUUUGAGUAGGGGGUAUUACUUGGGUCGGUGGUCCGUGAGUCGGUGGUCGCGAUCUCCCCCUGCCGGAAUUACCUUUUACCUACUUGGCUCUUAAUCUUGGCAAUCCUGGCCAGUUUUCUCAGUCCACUACACGAAACCACAUUUUGUCAUCCUUUUCUGACAGAAGCACAUUGUCUAUUGUUUUGUUCACAUUAAUGAUUACCUAGGGACUAAAAUACAGAUCAACAGAUACACUGAUUCGUACACUCCAUGUUCCCAUAAUAUAACAACAUCCCUGGUUGAUUAAUUUCAUCACUUUGGUUACAGUUGGAGCAUUAUACUUGGGCAUCAAUGUGUCACAGUCAUCUGUUGCUUUGCCUCAGUUCUAAUUUGUGCAGAGCAUUUAGAUUCUCUGUUUUCAGACUAGAUUAGCAAAACUGGUAGCUCACAGUAUUAUGGGUUAGAAAUACAUUUAGGAUUGCAGAGCACCUUUGUAUGACUGGUAUCGAUCUACUAUCCAUGCCAAAUAUAAAUAUAGACAAAGAUAAAUAUACUGGAAAAGAUCAUUGUUAAAAGCUGUAACCAGAUUUGCCAAAAAGGCUUCUAAUGGAAUUAUGUGUCUGACGUAUGAACUGCUUACUUUUGGCUAGAUUAUUAUCUCUCUUAUUUAAAAUAAACAACAUAAGCAGUGGCCUUGUGAUCCUGUUCCUUCCUAGUUACAAUGCUUAAAGGAUUUGGGGAGGAGGGCUAGUGCAUUGUAGAGAAACCCUAAAAUAAACUGAUAGUCCUUCAGUUAAAGCAUGAGGUCUUUCAAAAUUUGCUCGUUAUUCCUGAGAGCCUGCUGUCUUAUUGAAAGUGUUUCAAAAGUACACUGCAAAGUCCUAUCCAAUAGCUUGACUACUGGGUUGAGAGGAAUUCUUGUGUUUGUCUUCCAGCUGUGCCACUGAUGAGUUUUUACAAUUUUGAAAAGUGAAAGUGCUUUAAUUUCCAUGGUGUUAACGUUCACAUUAAUUCAUGUAUCUUGAAAUGUAAAAUGCUCUAUAUGAAAACGUACUGAAAAAAGUCAAGCAUGUGUUUUAUUUUAACUGCUGUGUUGCAAUAUUUGGUACAGUUCAGGGCAAUCGAACACAUUCAUUCUGAAUCUAAGAUGGCAAAUAAUUUUAUAAUAAAAUCUGAGAUUUUUUUUUUUAUCUUUUAAAGACAUUUGUGGUUUUUUCUUUCUUUGUUUGUUUGUUUUUAAGAUGGUCAUCAGGGUUAAUAGAUUGAGAAUUAAAUUUUCAAGGUACUCUGCCAAAACUGAUGUGAAACUUUAGAUUUCUCAGUUCAAAAAAUGCUGAUGAUCAUCUUUUCUGCUCAUGAAAUCAAGGGGCAGUGGAAGAACCUGCAGUGAUCUAAUCUGUCUGGCAUGCAGUGGAGAGAUUUGUUGCAGUAGAAAAUGGAUUCUCAGUAGAAUUGUUCCACAUUGCAUAAAUUAAACUUUAAAGUUCUUUACAGUAUCUUGAUAUGUAAGGCUUUGUUAAAGUUGCAAUUUUGGAAGGAUGAAGAGUAGGUUGUUAGGCAAGCAUGGGUGGGCAUUCCAGAUAUUCGGGACCAUUGUGGAAAAAAAUUAGAAGACAAAACCAGGAGUAAGAUAUGAUGAAGAUCAAUUAAAGAACUUUUAAGAAAGUUACAAGAAUUGAGUUAGAGAGGGAAAGAAGUGUCAUAAAAGCAAAACUGGAAAAUAUUCAAGAUGGUGUUGUACAAGUUUGAAAGCGAGGACAAGUUUUGUGUGAGAAAAAAGGAAGGAAUACAUGAAGGUUAGAAGGGGAGCGCAGUCACUUUCCCAAAUAGAAGAUGGUCUCAGUUAUGUCUAAUAGGACGUGAAAAUGUUUCUAAUGAAAUGUUCUGUUGAGUGCGUGCACAAAACUUUCUGGAAAUCUAACCAUUUAUUAAUAGUCCUAGUGAAGGAUUUAAUUCCAAGCUGAUAGAAGACUUCAGAAUAACUCACUCUGUAAAGAAUGUAAUGUUCCUCAGGUCUGAUUUUUAUAACUUCUCCCCAGGAUUUGGACACACAAGAGCAGAAAACAUUUAACAGUCUGAAUUGCUUUUCCACUACUGAGCAAGUAAGCUCUACUGAAGAAGAGUCAUCUCCAAAUGUAAGAAAGACGACUAAAAUGGACACACAAACACAAAACAGUCUAACAGCCAAAGAAUCAAUUUCUACAGACAAUAUAAACUCACAUUCACACAAAAGUACACCAGAUACUGCAGCAUAUACAGACACAGUAGACACAGGAAGUGAACCAGAAGAAGGUGAAAUUACAGAUUCUGAAUGUGAAGCCCACAGCAGUGAGGCUGUAACAAGUGAAGAAAGUGCUAAUUCAGAAGACUCAGAAAACGAAGAUAAAGAAAAGAUCUGGCCUCCUUGUAUCAGAGUAAUUGUAAUAAGAUCACCAGUUCUACAGACUGUAUCACUUUAUAUUAUCACAGCUGUGAAACCUGCUGCAAUUGGAAGGGAAAAAGAUGCUGGGCACGCACUUCAGAUUCCUGAAGUUGGAGUCAGUAAGUUCCAUGCAGAAGUAUAUUUUGGCCACGAUUUGCAAAAUUAUGUUCUUGUGGAUCAAGGCAGUCAGAAUGGAACAGUUGUUAAUGGAAAUCAGAUUCUCCAGCCUAAAACAAAAUGUGACCCCUACAUCUUGGAGCAUGGAGAUGAAGUGAAGAUUGGUGAAACUGUACUUUCUUUUCAUAUACAUCCGGACAGUGAUAAAUGUGAUGGAUGUGAACCAGGACAAGUCAGAGCACAUCUUCGCCUGGAUAGGAAAAAGGAAACUUCUGUUUGCCCAGCACUUAGCAAAGAAGAAAGAGAGUUAGUCAGAAGAAAAGCAUUAAAACAAAUAUGGGUAAAAUAUGGUUUACAGUUGUUUGAGAUAGAAAGCGGGCUGGAGGAUUAUGGCGCAGUCAGCAACAGCAACAAAGGGCAUAAAAUGUUGGAGAAGAUGGGAUGGAAAAAAGGAGAAGGCCUGGGCAAGUAUGGUGGUGGUAUGAAGGACCUGAUCAACCUCCAGUUACAUAAGAUGCAUGCAGGUUUGGGUACAAGUAGACCAGUCUUCAUUGAAGAUGUUCAGAUCAUCCAGAGCAAGAAUAAAAAGAACUGGGAUAAAGCAAGAGGAAGGUUUGCUGAAAACUUCCAGGAACCUAAAUCACAACAGGAUACACCUAAGAUUACACCUUGGGUUAGAGGGACUGUAGAGUAA